AUGGGAGUUCGAGCGGAACCGGUCUAUCGAAGACACCGCGUGCAGGUACCACCUACGAAGCCAGGGAUUUGGACCACACAUCGCCCAAAUCUGCAAGCGGAACAUUUUGGAGAAGGACCAGAUCGCCCAACCAAGAUCUUCCCCUUAGUUAAGCAACCAAGUAAAGACAAAGAAAGAAACGUGAUGCACUUGAUCAUCCUCGUAUUAGCGUAA